AUGCUGGUCAAGGGAUGCAUGGGAGCUGGCAGCCGGCAGAGGAGCCCCCAGGCAGCUCCCCGGUGCCUGCAAAGCCUGGGCGCCGCCCGGUGUGUGGCCAGCAGCGCCGGCGCCACCCGCCCACGCGGCACGCGCUCGACAGCUGCAGCCAGCGGCAACCAACCGGCGGGGCCCAGCAGCAGCAGCAGUAGCUCCAGCGGCAAGCCCAGCGGCCUGGGCGUGGGCGUGCCAACCCAGCAUUACUUUGCGACGCGUCAGCAGCCCACUGUGGUGGGCGGCACCGGCAACUGCGGCGGCAGCUGCACCACCCGUGCGCUCGUGCUGUACACAAAGGGGCUCGAGUAUGCCAGGAAUGAGCAGUGGGACGUAGCUCGUCGCGUGUUUGAGAAGACGGUGCAAGAGUGCCCGGCAUUCGUCAAACCCUGGGUGUCGUGGGCGCAGAUGGAGAAGCGCUGCAUCCCUUGCGGCGACGACCGCCGCUGGGCCAACUGCCGCACCGUGCUGCAGCGCGGCCUGCUGCACAACCGCGACGCGCCGGCGCUGCUGCAGGCCUGGGGCCUCAUGGAGAUGCAGCGCGGCAACCUGCUGGGCGCCAUCCUGCUGCUGGACCGCAGCGCCGCGCUGGAGCCCCGCAACCGACCUGUGCUGCGCUGGAAGCCGGUGGUGGAGGCGCGGCAGACGGUGGGUGCGCGGCGCGGCCCCAAGGCACCACCCGACAGCAACUGA